AUGAUGGAUUUUGACGAGCGGGUCCCUGUCGGCUCCAACAUGUAUUUACCCAGCUGCACCUACUACGUGUCAGCGGGAACCGAAUUCUCCGCGCUGCCCUCCUUUUUAUCCCAGAGUCCUUCCACCCGGCCCAUGACCUACUCGUACUCCUCAAACCUCCCGCAGGUCCAGCCUGUCAGGGAGGUGACAUUUAGGGAGUACGCCGCCAUCGACGCGUCAAGUAAAUGGCCGCACCGGGGCAAUUUGACGCAGUGCUACCCGACCACCGAAGACAUGGUGCACCGGGACUGUCUGUCGGCGCAGACGGAGCUUUUCAGCAAAAGCAGCCCCGCGGCUGCAGCCGCUGCCGCCGCCUACCACCAUCACCACCACCAUCACGGCGCCGCCGCCGGCUCCUCCAAUUUCUACGGCAACGUGGGCAGAAACGGCGUCCUCCCGCAGGCUUUCGACCAAUUUUACGAGACGGCGUACGGCACGGCGUCGGAGAGCCCCUCCGCCAUCGGCUACUCCGGGGAAAAAACGCAUAGCAAGCAAGCCGCCUCCGCCCCGGACGACUCGGGUUCCGGCUCCUCUGGCUGUCGGGACGCCGAAGCCAAGGAGCCCAGGGAGGACACCAGCAGCCCGGAGCUGUCUUCCGGCAACAAUGAGGAGAAAUCCAGCAGCAGUGGCAGCACCAAUGGACAGAGAACUCGCAAGAAGAGAUGCCCUUAUUCCAAAUAUCAGAUCAGAGAACUUGAGCGAGAAUUCUUUUUCAGUGUGUACAUCAACAAGGAGAAGCGGCUGCAGUUGUCUCGGAUGCUCAACCUCACCGACCGCCAAGUCAAGAUCUGGUUUCAGAAUCGGCGCAUGAAGGAGAAGAAGUUGAACAGAGACAGAUUGCAAUAUUAUACAUCCAACCCUCUGCUCUAGUAAGCGACUUAUUUGGACCCCAGCGCGGAUCGAGACCCGCCUGCCACCCAACGUCAUGAUUCUCUCAGGCUGCGGUUGUUGUCGUGGAACGCCACAAUGGCCGCCAAAACAACAGUGUGUUUCAAGUUCGCAGACAAACACCCGAAUGGCCGGGGGAAAAAAAAAAAAAAAAGCGAGCUUGAAGGAAGACGUUUGGCCUCAUGGACGUUUAUUGUGCUAUAUAACUAGCUCUUAUUUUGGAUUUGUGACUCUAAUUGCGCGCAAUGAACGCCCGCCUCACGCAAUAGUGUGAUUCACGCGUCCUCUUUAUUUUUUGAUUUUCAGUUUUUACUCUAACUGAACAAGUGUAUUUUGCUAUCAAAAUGUAAUUGUUUUCUUUUUUUUUUAAAUAUGCAAUCGCAAAACGGAAGUCUUGUUUAAUUCAGUGAAUCAAUACAACAUUGGUGUGACCAAAUAGCGUCCAACGAAUAAGAAUGUAUUUUUUUUCCUCCUGUGUGUGUAUUUAUUUUGUAGCCACUCGUUUACUAUCUUUUAAUGUCACGGCUUUCCAAGUCAAAGUUUAUUAUAGCGGGUUAAAUGUAUUUAUAUCUACUCUUUUUAAUACAAUAUAACUCCGCAAUGCCAUAGUUGAUUUUUUUUUUUUAAUCUGACUUUUUAGUCAAAUACUGCAGGCCUAACCACCAGAGACAUAAGCUCGCGGGAUCCACGCAAGUCGCACUGAGGUACACGCCCAAAAACACAAGUAGAAACAUGUAGCAGGUCUCCUGCGUUCUCUAAUUUGACUUAAAUCAAUUUCUUCCGUUUACUUUCGUGACUCAGAAACAUUUGGUUCUUGCGGUCUGACGCGUAAUCAAAAUGAAACGUUAAUUUCAUGGAUGCGGUUUGUUAGGGCGAAAAGCUGGUCAGGAAUCUCCUGUUUGUCUCCAGAACACGAUUGUGUAUUAUACUAUAUUUCCAAAUAAAAACGAUUGAAAAUGUUA